AUGUCCAAGCGUACUUUGUCUCCUUCUACCUCUUCCCGUCAAACUCGUGCUUUUACCACAGCAAUCCUACCUGACGUUGAUCCCAAACUUCUCAUGCGUCAGACGAAAAGGAUGAGGAUCUCGUCUCAAGCGUCCAUUCCCCUUCAACCUUCCCUGGUUGAUGCUUCUCAAAGGGCUCUCGACACCAUUAAGGAUCGAUAUCAAUCCGGCUCUUCUCUUACUCAACCUUCCCCACUGCCGCCUCUGGAUGAUCAGCACGACUUCGACCAAUACUUAGACUUCGAAGGGGGCGCCGGGCCAUCCGCCACCGGCAAGAACCCAUCUCCUGCAAAAUUUGUCGAGUCCGAAAACGGCACCAUCGUUGAGAAUCCGAAUUCUCCUGGUAACAAACCCGCUAACCCUCCUGCUGAAGCUUCCGACGAACUUGUGGAGGUUCCCAACGAGCUCGGAGACAUCUUCCACGCCCCUCGCAAGGUUCCCAUCAACGAUGAACUUGUCAAGUUGCUUACCGCUCGAAAAGAUUCCAAGAUUGCUACCCUUUGGUCCAGCAUGACCUUUUCUUCUCUCGAUCGUUUGGCCCCAGGUUGGCGCCUUUGUAACAAGAAUAGUGCUGUUGUGCGACUAGAGGGCGAGCUCUGUACCGGUUGUCAGCGUCACCUCGAUGGUGGUGAAGAUUUUUGUGUUGGUUGUAUUGGUCCUCUCGGUGGUGUUUGCGGCGAGUGUUCUGCUAAGGGAACUUUGAAGUGUUGGGUCAAACACAGCAAUCCCAAGCCCAAAUUCCGCGUAGUAUCUUUCUUCUUCCUUCAAACUUGA